GCCCUUCACAGUGCUCGGACGUGUACUUAUCACAGAGAUGCAUAGAAACCGCAUAGAAAGAACAGCCUCGAAGCGUUGGCGUGGUUCAGUCCGUCGAGUGGUAGCGGCUACAGUUUAUAACCUUUCUUGCUUCACGCACGGUUGCAGCACUGGCUGGGUUUCUGGCGUUCUUGGUAAUGAAGCACUAACUGGUGGCGCAUGGCUGGCAGCGCUGCCAUGCUUGGUUGCGCUGCCAGCGGCACCCAUGUUCGCUGUUUUAGCUGACACGCGUGGAAGAAGAGCAGGAGCGCUUUGUAUAUGUCUUAGCUUUAUUAUUAGCUGGUCGUUAGCUGCCUGGUGUGGAGCUCGUGGAGUGUGGGCGGCGAGAGUUGCAGCUGGAGCAGGUGGAGCCGGUGCACUUGCCUUAGCACCACUUUAUUGUGCAGAAAUCGCACCCAGAACUAGAGGUCUUGCUGCUAUGCCAGCAUUGGCAUGCAGUUGCGGUAUACUCUUUGCCUAUUCAGCUGGUGGUAUACUAUCUGCGCAUGCUCUAUCCCUAUCAAUGGCUAUACCACCAAUUAUUCUACUACUAUCUUUGAUUUGGUUGCCAGAAACACCUUCGUUUCUUAUCAGCGUUGGGAAGAUUCAGGAAGCAGCAAAAAUUAUGUGCUGGUUCGAUGGAUCUGACUUUCGAGAAGACUUGACUGAUGUGAUCGAGCAACAAGAGGUGCGCAUACGCAUAUCGGAAGGAUAUGGAAGAAAAGAAGUUAUGAGAAGACAGGACUCCGAUACUUUUCAACCGAUGCUAAAACGAAGUAGCGGAUUAGAGUCCAACUCUGAUCGUGAAAGAGCUGAGAAAUCAGCAUGUAGAGAACUAUUCCGUCACGGCAGCCAUCGUCGCGCUCUGUUGUCGUGUUGCGUGGUGCUGUGCGCGGCGGCCGGGAGCGGCGCGGGCGCUGUCAACAGCUUCGCAGCCGCCGUACUGCGUCAUUCCGCGCACACCGUACCCGUCUUAAACAUCACCGCUUAUAAUUUUACAAUCUACAAUGGAACAUUACCUCGUGCCAUAUUCGAGUCAUCCGAGGCCGGUUCAAUGCUGUGCGGCACAGCACUGGUGUUGGGAGCCGCCGUUGCAACUGUCACCGUUGACAAAGUUGGAAGAAAGACUCUACUGCUAUGGUCCUGUACUGGUAUAGUCUUGGGGUUGACAAUAUUAGGAAUAUACUGCGAUCCUCACUUACGUAUGCACUCCUGGUACUUCCAUCGUUUGUGGCCAUUGCGAAAAUUCAAUUAUAAGGAAAAGAACAUUCGAGAAAGAAUUGAAAUUCAAGGGAAUUUUACAACAUACAAUAACACAGUCGGCCAAUUCCUCAAUGACACUGGAAAGUCAUGGUAUAAAGUUAGUGUUGAAGAGCACAAUUAUACAUCGGACGCUAAUUGGUCGGUCAAAUUCGAGCAAAGAGAUAAAGAAGACAUAGCGAUUUGGCUGCCAGUAAUUAUGCUAUCGUUGGUACUAUUCCUUUACAAUGUAGGACUCGGUUCUGUGCCCUAUGUCUUGAUAUCGGAACUAUUUGCUGUUAAUGUGCGCAGCCUGGCAUCCAGCUUCCUCAUCGCUUGGAUGUGGUUCAGCAACUUCCUUGUUCUACGCUACUUCGGAACUGUUGCCAUUUCGCUUGGUCUCCACGCAGCGUACUACAUCUGCGCCACCAUCACACUCAUGAGCGCCGGGUACAUUUACCUAACAAUACCCGAAACUAAAGGUAAAAGCCAAAACCAAAUCACCGAAGCCUUGGAGGGACCUUGGAUUCUUUUUAGAAGUAAACGGAAAAAUGAACGAUGACAAUUAAGAACCGGUGUCUUCACACUAUCCGAGAGAAAUUUCGAGGAUAAUUGAGAUAAUAUUUAUAGAAACGAGUUGAAAAGUUUCGGUUUGUAAAGACGUGUUCACACUAUAGAAAAUGAUAAUUAAUUAUGAAAGGUUAAUUACGGUAUGAGAUGAAUUGAUUUAACCACAAAUGAAUAUGAUAUUAUAAAUGCUCAAGUAUUUUCUUGAUGAAGUCAAAACGAUUUUUGAAAUUGAUAAUUGUUGAAGUAUUUUAUUAAUGAUUAAAGAUUAUAUAGUUUUAAAUCGAGCUCAAUGUAAGGAAACUGAAAAAUAUUUGAGUAAAUAUAGUUUUAUAGCAGAUAGUAAACUUACAUAUGAAUAGUUCGAAGCUUUUUCAGGUAUUAAAUAUUUUUAUAGGACUAAGCGCUUUAGACUGUGUCAAUUACAGUAAGCCUAUCAAAGGUGGAUUAAAAUUGUAUAUGAGGAUUAUCGAUUAAAUUAAUUAAAGAUUUUUAGUAAAUAUAAAGUAAAUCCUCGUGCCUGCUGAUAAAUACAGAUUCCUGAUGCAAUGCUAGUUCCAUAUAAAUCGAUGUGCAUUUAAUAGUUAGAAUAAUCGAUGUUGUAAUUAUAAAAAUGUAAUUAUGUAUGUGAGUUAAAUCUUGUGGAUUUUUUACGUGAAUUUUUACGUAUACGUUAGCGAGUAAUAUUCGAUUGCAGCGUUUUCGGCGUAUUGUGAUCUGACAUUCGAGGGAAAGCAUGUUUAACUAAAUUAUGUAUACAGUUUAGGAAGAAUUAUUAAGAUCUGUGUUGAA